CCCGCUCCUUCGUUUCCUGGCCCAUGAAUCAAGAUCAAAAUCAAAUAGAAUAACAACCGUGCCGAUUGUAGAAUUCCACAUAGAAGAUACUGUACUCAUAACUAGACUCCCGCCUCAACACUAGCCACCAUCCACCAUCCACCAUCCACCACCAACCACCCUUCUACCCAUCGCCCACCCAACGCAACAGAAACAAGAAAAAUGGCAGAUAACCUGGACUUCCCCAAGUCCCUCACCCUCAAAGACGCAGGCGGCAGCAGUUCCCAAGGCUCCCGGCCCACCCAACAAGACCAAUACACCAUCCUCCGCCCCGACGCCUUCGAAAGCAAAACCGACCAACUCGCGCUCUUCGCGGUCUACGACGGCCACGGAUCAAGUAAAGUCGCCAAGCACGCCCGCGACAACCUCCCCUGUUUCCUGAGGCACAGUCCCGAUCUACAAACCGGGGACUACGAGAAGGCGAUCGCCGAGGCCAUCCGGCGCGAGGAGGAGCAGCUGCUGCAUGAGUUCUGGGAGGGGGAGGACAAGCAUGCGCUGGCGGGGACGACGAUGGCGCUGGCGGUGGUGAAUCUCACGCGGGGCGUGCUGGUCGUGGGGAAUGUGGGGGAUUCGGAUGUGUUGUUGGGGGAGGAGGGGGCUGAACAGGGGCUGGAGGUUACCAGAUUAUCGACGACGCAUACACCCGAGAGUGACGGGGAGAAACACCGGGUCGAGUUGGCGGGCGGGACGGUGAAUACGGAGAGUGGGACGGCGCGAGUGGGCGCGCUGAACAUGUCCCGCGCGUUGGGCGACCUGCGCUACAAAAACCCCCUCAACAACAUGACCCAGCGAGCCAAAAGUGGCAGCGGCACUUCCGAAGGAGAGACUCCCGGCGCCAACGACUCCCCCGCGCAGCGCGGGGACUUCAUCUCCAGCGAGCCCGCCCUCAACCGCGUCAACCUCCGCGACGAUCGCCGCUAUGUGCUGGCCCUGCUGUCGGAUGGCGUGACCAAUGUGUUGGAUGACGCGACCAUCCUCCACCGCAUCGCCGAGCUGCGGCAGUCCGGGUUCGACGCGACGCGGGCGGCGCAGAAUAUUACCGAGGGGACGACGGCGUUGCCGGGUAGUGAUAAUGCGACCUGUGUGACGGUGUUCUUGGAGGGGCCGAAGGAGAAUCCAAUUGCACCCACAAUGUUCGAAAACAUCGUCACCCCCCAGCUGAGGAGCAGGCCGCAGCGCCCUACACCCACCUUCGGCCCAUUGGCCACGAGCAACAUCCUCGAUAUUCGGACGGACAAGAGUGAGACCCAGCUCCGCCAGUCGCUGCAAGAAUCCGUCCACGCCGCGUGCCAUGGACAGGCCGCCAUGCCCGACCUGCUCCUCUGGGACGAACAGGGGCUGCGCUUCUUCGAGGAGGUGACCUUCUCCCCGGCCUAUUAUCUGACCAAUGAAGAGGUCGGGCUGUUGGAGAAGCACAAAUACCAGAUCGCGGAGCAUAUCCCGCCUGGAAGCAUGCUGGUGGAAUUGGGUAGUGGCAACCUCCGCAAGGUGAAGAUCCUCCUCGACGCACUCGACGAACUAGGCCGCGAGGUCGACUACUUCGCCCUGGACGUCUCCUUCGCCGAGCUGCAGCGCACGCUGAGCAUGGUCCCGCCGGGGAUCUUCCGGCACGUGCGGUGUUUCGGGCUGCUGGGGACCUACGACGACGGCCGCGAGUGGCUGCAGCGAUCGGACCUCCGGUCCCGGCCGAAGACCAUCCUGUCUCUGGGCUCGACGCUGGGGAGUUUCCCGCGAGCGGAUGCUGCCGGGUUUCUGGCGAGCUUCGUGCAUGCCCAUGAUGGUAAGGGGAGCAGCCCGUCCUUUUUGAUCGGGCUGGACGGGUGUAAAGAGCCGGCACGGGUGCUGACGGCGUACAACGAUCCCGAGGGAGUAAAUCGUCGGUUCAUCAAGCAUGGAUUAGAGCGGGCAAAUGAGAUCCUCGAGCACGAGGCAUUUGCGCUCGAUCGCUGGGAUGUGGUGGGGCAGUGGAACGCGGAGAACGGCAGCCACGAUCAGUUCUAUGUUUCCACUGGGGAGGUGGAGCUGGCCAACAAGAGAGUCCAAGCGGGGACGCGCAUUCGAGCAGUGCAGAGCCACAAGUACGAUGGCGAUGAUCGAACGGCGCUCUUUGGGAGGGCCGGUUUAGAGGAGGUCGAUGCGUGGGCAUCGGGGAGUCAGUAUCACUUACUGUUUUUGAGCCACCGAUAGAGAUAGACCAGGGGGUUGAAAUAAAGAUGAU